AUGGAGCCGCCUGUUUGCUGUGGUUGGCGGCCUGUAAGCCAGAGAAGAGGGUCCUGGAUGUUGAGGUGCCCCGUAGCAGCCCGGGGAGAUGAUACAUCCUUUCAGGAUUGCUACUCUUUUUCAUUUUUUCUAAACAGCAGGAAAAAGGAGGUACAGCCGAACGAAACUAUAACGUUAUCCUGGGACAAUAUCAAUGUGUAUGUCAAACCUAAAAAUCGGAUCUGCUGUAGAAGAGUGUAUGGGAACGUAAAACCUGGAACUUUGCUUGCCAUCAUUGGAGCAAGUGGCUCAGGCAAAACAACUUUGCUAAACAUGCUGACAUCAAGGAUAGAUAACAAAUUUUUAACGACCGCUGGUGACAUCAGAGUCAAUGGAAGGAAUGUUGGUAAUGAGAUUCGAAAUAUUUCUGCAUAUGUUCGUCAAGAUGACAUGUUCAUCGCUACAAUGACUGUCAAGGAACACCUUACAUUUAGGGCAUUAUUGCGGAUGGACAAAAACAUAUCUAAGGAAAAGAGAAUGCAACGUGUAAAAGAGGUAAUUGAAGAAUUUGGUCUGCAAAAAUGCAUGAAUAAUAUGAUUGGAGAUCCCGGACGUAUAAAAGGAAUAUCAGGUGGUGAAAUGAGGCGACUUUCAUUUGCUUCCGAGAUUCUGAAUGAUCCUCCACUACUGUUUUGUGACGAAGCAACGUCAGGUCUGGAUUCCUUCAUGGCCGAAAAUGUUGUACAACAUCUAAGAGCAUUGACCGAGAAAGGGAAAACAGUGCUUUGUACAAUCCAUCAACCGUCAUCCGAAGUGUUCGUAUUGUUUCACCAAAUUCUUAUCAUGGCGGAAGGAAGAAUUGCGUUCCUUGGAAGUUUACAAGAUGCUUUAGACUUUUAUAAAAGUGUUGGUCAUCCUUGUCCGCAGAAUUACAAUCCCUGUGACUUCUACAUCAUGUCAAUGGCUGUUGUGCCUGGAAGAGAAACUGAGUGCAAACAAAGAAUUGAACGGAUCUGUGACCAAUUCAAAGAGACGUCCUAUGCAAGAACAAUUAUUGAAGAAAACCGCAACUUGGUGGACAUCAACUCCGCCACAAAUCUAAUCACAGGCUUAAACGGAAAUGGAGAAAGGUACGAAUGUCCUUGGUACAAACAAUUUGUUCCCGUAUUUACGCGGUCUUGGAGGACAACAAUUAGAGAACCGGUGAUUGUAAGAAUACGCCUUUUGCAGACAAUCGUAUUAUCGUUAAUCCACGGGCUGGUCUACUUCCGGGUAGACCUGGACCAAGAAGGUGUUAUGAACAUAAAUGGGGUUUUGUUUUUAACGCUUAUAAAUAUGACUAUUGUAAAUAUGCUUGGGGUACUGAAUUUGUUCCCGAUAGAGGCGCCAAUCUUUCUGCGAGAAUACGGUAUUGGGCUCUACAGGGUUGAUAUCUACUUCCUCUGCAAAUCAUUGGCUGAGUUGCCUUCUUACGUUAUUAUCCCGGUCUUAUUCUCGGCAAUGACAUACUGGAUGAUUGGAUUGUACGAAUCCCUGGAAGCCUUCCUGGUAUUUACUGCAGUGAUAGUCCUUGUGGCAAAUAUCUCUGUGUCGUUCGGCUACAUUAUAUCUGCGGCGACAAACUCGGUUAGCACCGCAUUGGCUGUUGCUCCGCCGUCACUCGUUCCAUUAAUUAUGUUUGGUGGAUUCUUUUUAAAUUCAAAUUCAACUCCUGUGUAUUUCAUCUGGCUGGAAUAUAUGUCGUGGUUCAAAUACGCAAACGAGCUAGUAACAGUAAACCAGUGGGAAAACAUUGACUUCGUGUCAUGUGGUGAUAACAGAACAUCGCCUGCUGACAGUUGUCACUUUCAUAAUGGCGAGCAAGUGAUUCUCUAUCUCAACUAUGACAAGGAUAAUGUAUGGUUAAACAUCGGCGUAUUGUUAGCCAUGUUGGUUGUCUACAGACUUAUAGCCUUCUUUGUGUUACUUGUGAAGGCAAGAAGAUCAAAGAGAUAGCGAGUCUGUCAAGAAAUAUUCGCAAAUAUUGAGAAACAUCUCUUCUAACCGUGGAAUAAAAUGUUGAAAUCAAGACAGUUUACGACGUUCCUUAGCCAGUACUACUAUCUUUUUGUUGAACCAGAAAGGAAGAAUAAAGAUAAUAGGAACUUUUGCUUCUUAGCUAGAAUUUAUUUCUACAUACAUUUAGGUUGAAACUGCGAAGCGGUUUCAAUCUAUUACAGCGGUAUUCUGGAGACUGCAAGAAUUCAAUAAUGACAGUUUUCACUGAAGCAGAUUAAUCCGCCCUUCUAUUUCCGCACUACUUUUAUUGAUUAUUUACCGCAUAUCUCUCUACAUCAUUUCUAUGUAAAACUUCCUGGUCAGGUUUAACAAUCGUUUCAAUGUACAUGAUAAAAGAAAAUAUAGCAAAUUAUACAUCUUUGAAACGCUCAGAUCUCAAGCUUUUUAAUGGUGUUUAUCUUUAGAAAAUCAAAAGAGAAACUGUGAAAACA